GGCGGCGGCGGGAGGAUGCCUCGCGCCCUGCGGAGGUGCCAACGGCCGCAGCGCGCCCCGGGCCGCGCCGGGGCCGCGUGAGAACCGAGCCCGCGCUGACCGAGGCCCGGGCCGGAUGGCACUGCGGGCUGGGGCGCGGACCGCCGAGCGGCCGUCGAGACGUUUUCCGCUGGCCCCAGCUGUGUGGACGGGGCCACACGCCCCCUGACCCACCACGGCUCUUGCGUGCAUAUUCCAGUGCUGCUUCUGUGCGAGAGCCCCGCCGAGCCGCCGCGCGCUCAGCGCCGGCCCCGCGCUGCGCGAGGAGUGCCCCGCAGACAUGGUGAAGAUGACCAAGUCCAAAACCUUCCAAGCUUAUCUGCCAAACUGCCACCGCACGUACAGCUGUGUCCACUGCAGAGCCCACCUGGCCAAUCACGACGAGCUCAUCUCCAAGUCCUUUCAGGGAAGCCAGGGCCGCGCCUACCUCUUCAAUUCUGUGGUGAACGUGGGCUGCGGCCCUGCCGAGGAGAGGGUCCUUCUCACCGGCCUGCACGCCGUCGCAGACAUCUACUGUGAGAACUGCAAAACCACGCUCGGGUGGAAAUACGAACACGCCUUUGAAAGCAGUCAGAAAUAUAAGGAAGGGAAAUUUAUCAUUGAGCUUGCCCACAUGAUCAAAGACAAUGGUUGGGAGUAAAGCGAAGGCUUCCUGUUCUCUUCUGAAUCCUGUUUUGCGAGAGACUUUAUUGGAAUGGAAACAGGAGCGUCCUGGAUGACUAUUUCUUGAACUUGAACCUUGCAAGCCUGCCUCUUCCGGCCGUUCCCAUGGGUAAGGCUCCAUUUGGUCUAUGUCCUCUUCAUGUAUGUGGUCGUUUCAGAAACGUUCCAGUGACCCUUUUCUAGUGUCUCAAAUCCUAGAGGAAGAAUUAACCAGC